UAAACUGGGAAAUCUUUGAGCACAAAUAGCACAGCUGAACUUCAAAACUGGAUAUUCCAUACAAAGACAAGAUAACUGCAUUGGACGUGUUAUGUGAUGCCUCCUAGUUUGGAUGAGGGGGACACUGGACACAGUGGUUGCUGAAGAAAUCUGAAAAUCUGAUUCCUCUUUGAAAACAGGCUGUAGAGUUCUCUUCAGGUUGUGGCAUGUGGGUUGAGUGGUCUACGAGGGUGCUGGGGCAAUGGCACUGAUUGGCUUUCUGGCUGUGGCAGUGUGUGGAUUGGUGGUUGCCAAAGGCGAUCAGCUGAAGCAGGCCCACACACCUUUGCUACCCCAUCGGCCGUUUGUGGUCGUGUGGAAUGCGCCUACUGAAUCCUGCCGUCUUCGAUUCAAGGUGGAUUUGGACCUUAGUGUCUUCGACAUUGUUGCUAACCACAACGAGACCCUAAGUGGCCCCAACGUGACCAUCUUUUAUCACAGCCACCUGGGUUACUACCCUUACUACACCAGUUCUGGAAUUCCCAUCAACGGUGGUCUUCCUCAGAACCAAAGUCUGAGCAAACACCUAAGCAAAGCUCGAGCUGACAUUGACAGGUUUAUACCCUACAAAGACUUUCACGGUUUGGGCGUCAUCGACUGGGAAAACUGGCGACCACAGUGGGUGCGCAACUGGGGCUUUAAAGACAUCUACCGGAACAAGUCCAAAGAGCUUAUAAGGAAGUUGCAUCCAGGCUGGCCACAAAGUAAGGUAGAGAAUGAAGCAAAAGAGCUUUUUGAGAGAGCUGGACAAGCGUUUAUGAAUUCAACACUUCUAUUGGCAGAGAGUCGGCGACCGCAUGGUCUAUGGGGUUUUUACCUCUUUCCUGACUGUUACAACUACGGUUACAAGGAGCAUCCAUUCCGUUACACUGGAGAGUGUCCUAAUGUAGAGCAUGUACGUAAUGAUCACCUGAUGUGGCUUUGGAAAGAGAGUACAGCCCUCUACCCUUCAAUCUAUCUUGACUAUGAGCUCAUGUCUUCACACAACACAGUAAAAUUUGUGCACUACCGUGUGAAGGAGGCCAUGCGGAUUGCCUCAAUCGCCCGGAAUGACUACACAUUGCCCGUUUUCGUCUACUCAAGACCUUUCUACGCCUACACAUUUGUCGUACUGUCAGAGAGUGACCUGGUGCACACCAUAGGCGAGAGUGCAGCACUGGGGGCUGCUGGAGUGGUCCUGUGGGGGUCAUCUGAAUAUGCAAGAUCUCAGAGUAACUGCUUGACAGUUAAGAAGUACAUUGAUGGUCCACUGGGGCAUUAUGUGAUCAAUGUGACCUCAGCCGCUAAGCUCUGCAGCAAGGCUUUGUGCAAGAAGAACGGUAAAUGUGUCCGUAAGAGUCUGGACUCUGGAGCUUAUCUGCACCUCAACCCUCGAUUCUUCAACAUUCGCCUCAACCGAGCCAUCCGUGGACCGCGCUUUCAUGUCAGUGGACACCUCAAUAACCUCGAUAUCCUGGACAUGAAGCAAAAGUUUACCUGUCAGUGUUACCAGGGCUGGACCGGCAUCUAUUGUGAGAUGCCCCAGGUAGCAGAGCCUCUUCCCCACAACCCAAGGGACAGUGUCCUGGGAGAGCUGCUGGUCGUCCUGUCUCUGCAUUUCUCCUGUCUGUCUGUCAUUAUGUUUCUGGGUUUUUGUCUCAUAAUUAAGUGUCUGAUACUGUAAGAUAGAUUUAUUGCACAUGUGACAUUGGACUGUAUUUGUAAAACAAAAAGAACUGGGAAGAAAUGUAAUAUACAUGAAUACACACUAAAAAAACUAAAAAUGUGCUUUGUGUGGUAAAUUAACUGGUUUUAUUCAUGCAAUAAAAAUGUUUAGCAUCACUGAAUCAACCUGAAUACAUCUGGUUACACCGAAGUUUAAGGGUUAGGUCAGGUAGAAAUAGCUCGUUAAGGUAACAAUUUCAAGGUUUUAAAUAAAAUUGUUCAUUUUUAAAAUAUCCAGUAAAAGUAAUAGAUUGAAAAGUGUUUUGCAUAUUGUAUGUCUUUAACCAUAUUUUAAUUUGGUCACCUGGUUGAACAGUAUACUGUAUAGUCUCAUGCCUAAUUUUCAGGGUUUGGAAUAAACAAAAACAUUGUAUUCAUUAAAGAACACAGAAUGAUGUUUUCACCAAUUAUUCCUACAGAAAUUACAUAUAAUAGUGUGGUGUAAUAAGACAAAAAUGGUUGACCGAGACGUCUCAGUGUAGAC